CCAUGGCGCUACAAUGUCGACCGGAAAACCUGGAAUCGCCAGUCAACCAGAGGCAACCACAUUAUUAACCAACCAAAGGUUCCCCCUUUCCUACUACUAUGCUAUGGUCCCUUUAAUCUCAACCCUAUUCUUCAUGUCAUCAUCCCUCUUCUUCUUCUCAAUCUCUAUAUCUAUCUUUUAAGUUUCUUUAGUUUUGGCUUUUGAAUUUCCAAUCCCCCAUCUGGGUUUCUGAGUUUCAAUCUCCAUUGUUAGAUAAAAACAGAGGAGGCAGGCCAUUGUUGAGCUUUGCGAAGCUGUAAAGGAAUGAGCUUUGUGUUGUGAAUUGUGAUCUAUGCAACUUGGAUCAAGUGCUUGAUAGUUUUGGACAGCUGUUUUUUUUUUUGUCUAGAACAUGGGUUGUCUGUGAGGCAAUUUGCUUUUUUUGACAGUUGUUAUUGGCUUUUAGCUUAAGCACAUUUGGUUGGGGACUUGAGGGGUGGUGUUGUUGUUAGCAGUUGGUUGAUUGAUUGAUCACAAGGGUUUAAACUGUUUGAUGGGUUAGGAAGGAAAUGAUGGCUUCAGGAUUUGAAAUAUCGACUCAGGUGAAUGGUUAUGUUGGUGGGUGCUUAAAGGACAAUGCUGCAAUGUCUGCUCCUGCCCCUGCCAUGGAAGAUCACAAUGGAGAUAGUUUGGUCAACAAUUCGAAUCAAGUUGCUCUUGGGAAGCCGCCGCGGAACAUUUCGGUUAUGAGGCAUUGCACUAGCUCUGCAUUCUUGUGUGAAUCAGAUUCAGAUCUUGCAAAUUUUGGCUUCAAGUCGCCUUCAGUUGAGACAUCAGAGUUUGUUUCUGUAUUCCGUUCGGGGAGCUGUUCAGAAAAAGGACCUAAACAGUAUAUGGAAGAUGAGUAUAUUUGUGUAGAUGAUCUUGAGGGACAUCUUGGUGAUUCAGUAAACUUGCCUUCUCAUGGGGCAUUUUAUGGGGUCUUUGAUGGACAUGGUGGUGUUGAUGCUGCAUCAUUCAUAAAAAAGAACCUGCUUAAUUUCAUUGUUCAAGACUCUCAUUUCCCAGAUGCCCUUAAAAAAGCAACUAGAAGCGCUUUUGUGAAGGCUGAUCAUGCAAUUGCAGAUGCUACCUCUCUUGACAAGUCCUCUGGUACCACUGCUUUGACUGCCUUUAUCUUAGGAAGGAACAUGCUAAUCGCUAACGCUGGUGAUUGUCGAGCUGUGUUGGGGAAGCGUGGAAGGGCAAUUGAACUAUCUAAAGAUCAUAAACCUAAUUGUACCUCCGAAAGAUUAAGAAUUGAGAAGCUGGGUGGUGUCAUCUAUGAUGGAUACCUCAAUGGCCAACUAUCAGUGGCGCGUGCUCUUGGUGACUGGCAUAUCAAGGGCUCCAAAGGUUCAAACUGCCCCUUAAGCUCGGAGCCAGAGUUGGAGGAGCUUGUCCUAACCGAAGAAGAUGAGUUCUUGAUCAUGGGAUGUGAUGGCUUGUGGGAUGUAAUGAGCAGCCAGUGUGCAGUUACAAUGGUAAGAAAGGAGCUCAUGCAACAUAAUGAUCCUGAGAGAUGUUCGAAAGCACUUGUCAAGGAGGCACUCCAACGAAACACCUGUGACAACCUGACUGUCGUCGUGGUGUGUUUCUCCAAAGACCCUCCUCCCAAGACUGAAAUUCCUAGAUCCCACAAGAGGAGGAGCAUUUCAGCUGAAGGGUUGGACCUUCUCAAGGGUGUCUUGAGUAACAUUUGAAAACACAAAACUGCUUCAAGCUGGGGAUUUUUCUGAGCCUCUCCUCCACCCUGCUGCGGCUGCAGAUUACUGAUUUCUUUAACUACACGUCAUGUAAAAUUUCCAAUACUACUCAACAAUCUUGAUUUUGAAGCUUUUAAUCAGAAAAUUUUCGAAUUUUAGAA